AUUGCUCAAUCCAAGCAAUCUUUGGAACUCAUAAUCUAUAUAGCAACAUCUUUCUACAACAUGGCCAACAUAAAAGUAAAUUCAAAUAAAUCAACUCUAACUAUAAAUACCAAAAUGAAUAAUAUGCAAAUCACUUUUAACCAACAAACAAUACAAAACAUCCCUCCUGAUCAAGCUUUUAGAUUUCUAGGAUGCAAGUUCUUCAGAACUUUUUCUUACAAACCCACUCAUAUCAUCAUUACUGAUGAAAUUACAGCAGCUAUACAAAAGCUACAACAUGCAAAAAUAAUAGACAAACAAGCAAUAUAUAUCAUCAACUCAGUAAUUCUCACCCGAUUUGCUUAUCAGAUCCAAAACACUUUCCUUUCAAGCUCACAGCUAGACAAAAUUACCAAAUCCUAUACCAACCUCACCAAACACAAAGUGGAAUUCGCUAGUACUAUUCCAAGCUCGACACUAUUCUACAAUUGA